AUGACUGAAUCGGAUGUUCAAUCGGCAACGGUGCCAGAGGUGGAGCAGGAGGGAAAUGAUGAAAACGCUUCUUUAACUACCACGGAAGCAGCUAUCAUUCGUCAGUUGGAGUACUACUUCGGUGAUGCCAAUUUGGCCAAGGAUAAGUUCAUGAAGGACCAGAUCACGAAAGAUGACGGCUGGGUUCCGAUGGAUGUGCUGUUGACGUUCAAGCGUUUGAAGUCUAUCAGCGACGACAAGAAGGCGAUUGUGGAUGCGAUUGCCAAAUCGGACGAGGGACUGAUCGAGAUCAGUGAGGACCGGGAAAAGUUGCGCCGCCAUCCGGAACGUCCACUGCCCGAAAUGAACGAGGAACGGCGCCAAGAGCUGUUCGCUCGUACAGUGUACGUGAAAGGGUUCGCACCGCAGGAUGGUACCACAAUGAAUGAGCUAGUGGAAUUUUUCCAACCGUACGAAAAGGUGAACAACAUUCUGAUGCGCAAGUACCUGGACAAACCGACCAAGAAGUACUUGUUCAAGGGCAGCCUAUUCGUGUCAUUUGCCGACAAGGAGUACUGUGAAAAGUUCCUCGCCAAGGGUCCGAUAAAGUACAAAGGCAAGGAGCUGAUUUGCAUGAUGCAAAACGAUUACUACCAUUCGAAGCGUGCCGAGUUGAAGCAGCGCGCGGAAAAGAUUGAGGAACGGCGACGCAAGAAGCAGGAUGCGAACAAUGAACUGCUCGCACAACUCCCGACCGGUGCGUGUGUAUUUAUGGACGGUUUCGGCGAGGAAACGACACGCGAAUCGAUCAAGGAAACGAUCCGUGGCAUUGAUGAAACGCUGGAGUUUGCUUACAUCGACUUUAAAAAGGGUGACAAGAGUGGUUAUGUGCGUUUUACCAAGCAAAACGCGGGCAAACAAUUCCUCGACAAGCUAACGGAUAAGAAAUUGACGGUUGACAAAGCCGAGGUAACGGCUGAAUUGCUCGUUGACGAGAAGGAAACCGCAUACCUGGCGAAGAUUGUUGAGGAACAGGCCAAGUGGAAGAGUAAUGCAAAAAACAAGGGUAGAGGAAACCGGGGCAACAACAACCGCAACAACCAUCAUCACGGUGGUCAUAAGCGCAAGCGGGAUAACAACGCGGAUGGUGACGACGGUGAACCUACCGUAAAGAAGGAUAAGGAUGGUGCCCGAAAAGAAACUGUUGCUGCUGUUCCGGCAACCGAGGCAAAGGCCGCUGAAUAG